AGUUUCGCAUUUACAAGAAUCUAACCUGGUUGGAUGGAGACAUGCAAGUUCCAGUCUCCGUUUGCUCAGAGAGUUGUCCUCCAGGAACUCGUAAAGUGUUGCAGAAAGGAAAACCAAUCUGCUGCUAUGACUGCAUACCAUGUCCUGAAGGAGAGAUCAGUAAUAUGACAGAUUCUCCUGAUUGCAUUCCAUGUCCAGGAGAGUUCUGGUCAAAUGCAAAGAGAGAUGCCUGUUUUCCCAAACCUGUGGAGUUUCUUUCCUUCAAUGAAGUCCUGUCAAUCAUCCUGGCUGUAUUUUCUGUUGGUGGAGCCUUUCUGGCCAUAAUUACAGGGAUGCUUUUCUUCCAUCACAGAACAACUCCAAUUGUCAGAGCCAACAACUCUGAGCUGAGCUUCCUGCUGCUCUUCUCUCUGACUCUGUGUUUCUUAUGUUCACUAACUUUCAUUGGAGCCCCCUCUGAGUGGUCCUGCAUGCUGCGGCACACAGCGUUUGGCAUCACAUUUGUUCUCUGUAUCUCCUGUGUUCUUGGCAAAACUAUAGUGGUUCUAAUGGCCUUUAAAGCUACACUUCCUGGUAACAAUGUUAUGAAAUGGUUUGGUCCUGUACAGCAAAGAAUGACUGUAGUAUCUUUUACCUUUAUUCAGGUUAUAAUAUGUAUCAUAUGGUUGGUUGUGAGUCCUCCCUUCCCAGUGAAAAAUCUGAGCACCUACAAGGAGAAGAUCAUCCUGGAAUGUGCGUUAGGCUCUGCUGUUGGUUUCUGGGCUGUGCUCGGCUACAUCGGCCUGCUGGCUGUGUUUUGCUUUGUGUUAGCUGUUCUAGCUCGGAAACUACCUGAUAAUUUCAACGAAGCCAAGAUGAUAACCUUCAGCAUGUUGAUAUUCUGCGCCGUCUGGAUCACCUUCAUCCCAGCUUAUGUCAGCUCUCCUGGAAAAUUUACUGUGGCUGUGGAGAUAUUUGCUAUUCUGGCCUCCAGUUUUGGACUGAUACUGUGUAUAUUUGCUCCAAAGUGUUUCAUCAUUUUGUUUCACCCAGAGAAGAACACCAAAAAACAUUUAAUGAAUAAAAAUUAAAAUGUCCCUAGCAGUCACAAAGACAUUG